AUGGUGCGAGUAAACACUCUCGCCCAUCGUGCACCUGACAGUCCAAGUAGACAGCUCAUUCAGGAGCUGACCAGAGACCUAGAACAAGUACGCAUACAUGGAGAGGAGUUAAAGCUUGUCAAGGCUUAUGAGAGCCGGACCUUCUACGAAAAGCUGGACCGGAUAGACCGGGAGAGGGAAGAGGUCCACAACACAGCACUCAAUGCUGCUGCUGCUAAGCGCGAUCAGAGGAGGUUACAGGCAGAGGAGACGCUGCGGCUACAUCUACAGGCGGUAGAGGAGGAACGCAGGCGGAAGGAAGAGACCGAAAGACGACGACAGGAGAAGAUCAGACAGGAGAAAGAAGAGAAAGAAAGAAAAGAGAGAGAAGAAGCCGCGAGACUCGAAGCGGAACGAAAGGCCAGGGAGGCGGAAAAGGCAAGACAGGCCGAAGAAGCCGAGAAGGCGAAGCGAGCGGCUGAGGAAAAGGCGCGAGUCGAGCGCGAGAAGGCCGAGCAGGAGAAGAAGAAGAAGGCGGACGACGAAUCAAGACGAAAGGCGGACGACGAGGCAAAGCGUAAAGCGGCGGAGGACAAGGAGAGACAAGCCGCUACGAAACAGAGUAUCUCCGGCCUGAACCAUCGGACACCACAGGAGAUCCAAGAACAUGAACGAUAUCUAAAGUUACAUGCACAUCUGAAGGAGUUCAGAUCUUACAUGAAGGCCCAGACAAAGUCUAAUGCCCUCCUGAAGCAACACAUGGGAGAUAUGCGCAGAACCAUACGGAAAUGUGUUGGGCAGCUGGUAGCAGAAGACAAAACAGCAAACCAGAAACCGACCCGAGAAAUAGCCGCAAUCCUGAAAAAGGCACAGGAUCUUCCGGAGCCAAGUGUAGACAUCAGGCAGUUCAUUGCCUUUCCGCCUCCCAAUAUCGCCAAUGCCGAGAACCCCCAGGUUCCGGCUCUCUGGCUCAUGGCCGAAGCAGGCGUCACGACAAAGUGCGCAGAACCUCUAGGCGUCCUCACAGCACAGAUAUUCUCAAUGGAUCCCUUCUGCUACCAGGGACAAUCCAUGAUCGACAUUCUACUAGCAAAAUACAGGUUCCUAUGCCCAGUGCUAUGGGGCUUCUACGGAGACCAAUCGACCGACCAAGGAAAGCUUGCCAUCGGCUGGUCCCGAGAAGACAAGGGCCCAUUCAUAAGCGCCCAGCUCCACGAAGAGCGAAUGACGGGUCUCGGAGCCGGAUAUGCCGCCAUAGCACUGCGAAACUUUGCCAAAAGUCCGCGCCAGAACCCUUAUCCAAACAGCAAUUUCUGGAGAUCCCUAUCUUACAUCGUUAACGUUCCACCUGCUGAAGUUCAGGAUACUCAUCUGGUCGUGCUGACCGCCAUGCUGCGUUAUUCCGCUCCUCGGAUCGUUAAUUUCUGGGGUGACAUGGGUGUUUUGGCGCUAAGGCAGGCAAUCGUCGUGUUCCCUGCGAGCCUUCCCAGGAAAUCCACGCAGAGAGCCAUGGUCGAGGACCUCCGUGAUAUACUUGCGAGAGAGAAGCGAAUAAUCAUAUAG